CGCCUCCAUCCUCUCCCCCUCACGCCAUGCCCAAGAUCCGCACCUCGCGCACCGCGCCGCCGCCCGAGGGCUUCGAGGACAUCGAGGACAUCCUCGAGGACUACAACCGCGCCAUGCGCGACGCCGAGAACGAGGACGGCGAAGGGAAGCGCAAGGCCGAGAGCCUGUGGGGCAUCAUGCGUAUCAGCCACACGCGCAGCCGCUACAUCUACGACCUCUACUACAAGCGCGAGGCCAUCUCGCGCGAGCUGUACGACUGGCUCUGCAAGCAGGGCUACGCCGAUGCCAAUCUGAUCGCAAAGUGGAAGCGAACAGGCUACGAGAAGCUGUGCUGCGUGCGGUGUAUCCAGGCGCGGGACAUGGGCCAUGCCGGCUCGACGUGCAUCUGCAGAGUGCCAAAAAGCCAGAUGCAAAAGGGGCAGAUCGUCGAGUGCACACACUGCGGCUGCCGCGGCUGCUCAUCGGCAGACUGAACGCUGGGCCACGGGCGAGCAAAACAUAUAUCCUCUCCAUCC